AUGGCGUCUCUGAUUUCUCCCUACCUCUCCGUCCCCACCGCCCCGGGGCGCGCGCGCCUUGCUGCUCCGGCGGCUCCGCGGCGGCGGAGGAUGGCGGUGGUGAGGGCGAAGAUUCGGGAGAUAUUCAUGCCGGCGCUGAGCUCGACGAUGACGGAGGGCAAGAUCGUCUCCUGGACGGCCGCCGAGGGGGACCGCGUGGCCAAGGGCGACCCCGUGGUGGUCGUCGAGUCCGACAAGGCCGACAUGGACGUGGAGACGUUCCACGACGGCAUAGUCGCAGUCGUCCUCGUCCCAGCCGGUGGGACCGCCCCCGUAGACGCCCCUAUCGCCCUCCUCGCCGAAUCAGAGGAGGAGGUCGCGCUGGCCCCGGCGCGCGCUCAGGCCCUCUCGCAGGGACAAAGCCAGGAACCCUCUCCUCCCCAUGCCGCCGCCGCCGCCCCGGGGCCACCUCCUCCAGCGCCUGUGGCGCCUCCAGCGACAAAGGGCAUCGCGACACCUUACGCCAAGAAGCUCGCGAAGCAGCACAGGGUGGACAUCGCCGGGGUUGUCGGUACCGGGCCACACGGCCGCGUCACGGCGGCUGACGUCGAGUCAGCUGCUGGCGUCAAGCACAAGCGAAAGGUCGCGCCCCCUCCACCUCCACCCCCUGCUGCUGUUGGCCCUGCGCCACCAAUGCCCGCAAGUGCGGUGCUGCCACCAGUGCCCGGUAGCACGGUGGUGCCGUUCACGACAAUGCAGAGGGUGUUAGUAGUAAUCCUAGCGCAUUGGCUGGCUCAGUUAGUUAGGACUGCAUGUUUCUUAUUCAGUUUUGCAUGCGGAUGA